AUGUCCGCCAAGUACUUUAUGGCUCAGGAGUGCCACAUGACCUACCUCUCCAUCCUCCACAACGAGGUCGACUCCGGAGACAUCUCUACCUGCACGAUCUUCGACGCGGAGAUUAAGCUCGAAGCGCUAGAGGCCACCUGGAACAAGAUCGUCGAUGCGCACGACAAGCUCAUCGGUUGUAAAGACAUUGAUGUGAUGAAUAAGAAUUCUCGACCUCACAUUGAUGUUUCUCACGCCUACUUCAAAGAAGGCAGAUACACUAUGGUGCUUCAGCGCUACACCUUGAUCAAACCCGCUCUCAAAAAGCGCGCUAACGAGCUUGAACCUCGCUUAGCACCACUCUCGCCUCACAAUGUCACCAUGCUAGACAACGCUCAUCAUCAUCGUCCACAACUGCCCACGAUUCAGCCUCCAAGAUUCAACGGAGAGCUCUUGGAGUGGCAGUUCUUCAAGAACAAGUUCAUGUCAGUUGUCAGCAAGGACGGCAUCACCGAAAUCCACAAGAUGCACUACUUGCUACAGAGCGUACAUGGAACAGCGUAUUCUCUAAUCGCCAAUGUGGAUAUCACCGCCACCGCAUUUGCAGACGCCUGGCAAGCGUUGACCACGCGCUAUGAGAACAAACGCGUCCUUAUCACUGCAUAA